AUGGUUGUUUCACCGCAAACCCCCGAUAACGAUACCCAAAGCGUGCAAGCAAAAAGAAUCAACAUGGCGUCUAAACAAUCCUCAGUCGCCGAUACUAGAGCAGAGUUGGCAGAGUUAGUUAAAAGAAAAGCUGAAGUCGCAGAAACCCUAGCCAACUUAGAACGUCAAAUUUAUGCUUUUGAAGGAUCAUACCUAGAAGACACACAACUGUAUGGAAACAUUAUCAGAGGAUGGGACAGAUACCUUACCACAAACAAAAGCACCAAUUCAAAAGCAGAUAAACGUAACAGAAAGUUUAAAGAAGCUGAGCGUCUGUUUUCUAAAUCCAGUAUCACAUCUAUGGCUGCUGUCAGUGGUCUAGUGGAUCCAGCUGAAGCUAAAACUGAAAGAAACAGUGAAACAGAGUCUCAAACAAAUGAAGAUUCAUCAGAUACACAGAUUAGCACUGGAAUGAGUAUGGGAAAUUUGAAUCACACUACUAUACAUGGAUCUACAGAGAGUAUUGCAUCAAAACCCUCGGGCAAACAACAUACUAAUGGAGGCAUUGAGAAAGUUAUCAACCACUCACAAACCAAACAAAGUGUUACACAGAAAAUAGCCACAUCUUCUGGUAUGCUCCAAAAAGCCUUCAAUAGUGAUAGUAAAAUGUUAUCAGCAGUUGGAUUAGACAGCAGACCCGGAACACCAAAGGACAAAGACUCUGUUAUGAACAUCAUGAACAAAGGAGACAUGACACCAAACUCUUUGAAGCACAAAAUGUCAAACAGUAGUUCAAAUAAUAGUAAUAGCAUGAAAAAAAAUAACAAUAAGAAAGCUAGACAUAGGUAA